CAUAGUGGUUGACGAGCCUAACGAAGGUAGCAUUUGUUGGUUGAGAAAGAUAAUGCACUGUUCUUUUUGCCUUUAGUUGAGAAAACGAUGUCUUCACCGAGUUCAGGGAAAAGGCGAAUGGACACAGACGUUAUUAAACUCAUUGAGAGUAAACAUGAAGUUACUAUUCUUGGUGGUCUGCAUGAAUUUUGUGUCAAGUUUAAUGGGCCUAAAGGGACUCCAUACGAAGGUGGAGUUUGGAAAGUUAGAGUAGAUUUGCCCGAGAAAUAUCCAUUUAAAUCUCCAUCAGUUGGUUUUAUAAACAAGAUUUAUCAUCCAAACAUUGAUGAAGUAUCAGGUACAGUGUGUUUAGAUGUUAUCAACCAAGCAUGGACAGCACUGUAUGAUCUUUCCAAUAUUUUUGAGUCAUUUCUGCCACAGUUAUUGACCUAUCCUAAUCCCAUUGAUCCAUUAAAUGGUGAUGCUGCUGCUAUGUAUCUACAUAAACCUGAAGACUACAAGAAAAAAGUUCAGGACUAUGUGAAGAAAUAUGCUACAGAUGAAGCCUUGCAGGAUCAAAAUGAUGAGUCAUCUGGAUCAGAGAGCUCAAUGAGUGAUUUUUCAGAAGACGAAGCUCAAGAUAUGGAGCUUUAACAUUUUGACAUUUGGGAAGGGUCAUUUCUUACCAGUGGGUUGGAGGGGAUGGGGUAAGAUUUAACAGGGUUGGGGGGAAUACUCAUUUACAUGUUGCAUUGUGCAUAAAUUCAUCAUUUAAGACUGUCAUAGGAACAUGAGUAGUGAUACAGUGACAGAAUUUUCUAUAAUGUAACAUUGUUGAAAAUAACCAGUUAUUUUAUUAGUUAACAAUGUGAAUCGACUUCAACCAUUUUGCCUUCCUUUAUUUAUCAAGCUUAAAAGUUCUUAUAGAUUGUAUAACAUUUGUUUUUACAUGAAAGUCAUGUUAACAAAUACAUCAGUUACUCUCAUGAGGCAUUGUUUCCAUAUAGUCUCUCUUUUAUUCUUAUAUAUGUAAAGUUUUGAAAUCUGUUUUGGGUAUUUUUAAAGAACAACUUAUAGUUAGGUACUCUGUUAUCUUAAAUCAUUGGGUAUAUUUGUGGUUUCUACUACAGGACUCCUCAAAAGUUAGUUGCCCUAAACUUAAACCUCUUCUGUGUGGAUAACAUUUGCUUUGCAAUUCCAAAACUCAUUAUUCUUUGACAGCCUAUGUUGCACUUAUGUACUAUCAAUUUCUUUUGUAUGUAAGUCUGAAACAUACAAAAAUUAAAAACCAGUUGUGUAUACUGCUGUGGGACAACUAAUUUUUGGGCCAAACUGUAUAUUGUCAAGAUUUAUAUUGAACUGAUCAAGUUUUGUAGUUACAUUCAUUGAAUGCUAGUUAUUAAGGAUUUAAAUUUUGCUUGUAGCUUAUAUUGUUUUUCAUGAAUGUUAAAUAUUAGCUUAUUUGUUGAAUUUAGUGAAAUAUGAUCUUUAGCACAAUGGCUCAGACCUUCUACUGUGUUUAAAACAGUUAAAAUUAAUUUACUGCCUGUUAUUAAAUUGAGAGAGUAGUGUUUUAUUUUACAUUUCUGAUUGGUUUUGAUAAUCUACUACAGUUGUAGAAUAAAAGAGAGAGGAAUGAAGUUAAGAUAUCUUCAUAAUAAAGUUGUGUGGUGAUUUUUAGAAAUUUUUCUAAUGUUUCUACUGUGUAAAUAUUAAUGUUAAGUUAGUAGCAUAUUUAGUUUUUGAAAUAUGCAACAUUAAAUGUGCAUGACGUUGUUGCUGUUUAACAACAUGAUAUGUGUAUUAAUAGUAAUAUUUUUAACUUCUACUUUGUCUUGUUGAUGUUGGUUGUGCUGCUUCAGUGUUGAAGUUUGUUUUUAAUGUACAUUAUAUUUUAUCAAAUUAAAUCUGAAAAAAAGUAGUGUUUUUUCUGUCAAAAUCACUAUAAAACAUUGUAAAUUUAGAAUGAUUCUUCACAUCCCAUUGUUUGUACUAGCAUAUUUAUACAUCAGGCUUUUCUUUGUGGUGAAUAUUUGUUACAGCAUAUAAUACAUCUUACAGAUCUCGGGCAUAUUAAACAAUUGAAGGCAAGUCAUCAUUGCAUUUAAUUAGGUCUAACAGUUAAGCAAACUAAAAUAAACUAAAAAUACCACAAUGUUAAAAGUUCACAAUAAUUUAUUUAAAACAGCACUAGGCUCAUUGGACAUCAUGUACAUGUUUCAUUUGUCUGCACUACCACAUAACCAUCAUGAAAAAUGUAUUUAUAGUUUUUCUUUAUUUUGCUUCCUAUGUUGAUGGGGAGUCCUGUUUUCCAAAAUAUAUAGCAUUGCCCAAUAAGCAUGAUGCCAUUUUAAAUAAAUUGUUGUGUCGUUAGUUUAUAUAAUUCAUGCACAAAUACCAUUUUUUUACUGAAUUUUCUGGUAUUUUUUUGUAGUUUCUUCAGUAAGCAUUUACAAUACAUUGUAAUGUAAGAUACUUUGUAUUGCAAGAAAAAUAGACUUGGAAUCAUAAAAGUAAAUUUGUUCUCACUUCUGAAGAUAAAUGACAUACUUGCAUCCAUCAAAUACACAGCAACUUUAUUAUUAUUCUAUUUUGAUCUUAAAAAAAUUUUUUAAAUAUAUGGUUACAAGUUAGAAAUCAGUAUGGUCUGAUAUUAAAUUCAGUCAUAACUCGUAAUAAUCUCAAAUGUAGUGUAUGAAGUAUUUUAAUACAUUCUUUAUUACAAGCUUUCUUGAUCAAACCUUGUAUCUACAAACUACCGAUGAGGUGAAUAAUGCGACUAAAAGUUAUAGCAACAGUCUCUUUUGCUGUUGUAUUAGUUACUAGAUAUUUGAUCAGUAGUUCUACUUUUCAGUUUGUUUAUGAUAGAAAUAUACACUUGAACAUAAAAUAUGAUUUUGUUUUACAUAGCUCUUUGAAAGCUCUUUUCACAUUUAUUUUAAUUAUUGAAAGUACAAGCAACAAGUAUUCUAUUUUUACACAUAAAUUUACAUAUCUGCAUUGAAAAGUCGGCUAAUUAUUUCUAUGAGUAAUUUUACAAUAGUGUUCCAAAGUGUAUGUAUUAAAAUGUCUUCAAUCGUUGCAAGUUUUAAACCUUCAAAUAAUUUCACUUAGUAGAAAAUUGGUUUAAAAGCUAGUUGCAGACAUUACAUUGAAUAUUAAUAGCCAAUAGGUAUACAGCUAUAAUGUUUAAAGAUUGAUCAAAAUAAUCUUUCAUAUGUACUGAAAACUGACCCUUUCUUUGUGCAAAUAUCUUUCCUUUUGUUUUACAAUCAUUUAUGAAAGACUGUUUCUUGCACUGAGAUAAUAGCCUUUGUCAAGGUUUCUUAUAUAUUCAAAGUAAAGAAAAACUUCAGGUGCUGAAAGAAUUUGUUAUGGACUAAACAGGGACAGUUUCAUAGUGACUUCCUUUUUUGUUUUCAUUUCACUUGUGAAGACAUUUCAUAUCAUCAGAUCUAAGUAGUGUUUGCUUACAAAUGACACUUCUAAAUGAAACAUUUAAUAUUUUCCAUAAUCAUUGUACAUAGAUUUUAGAUAUAUU